GUUCCGUUUUCCUUUCGGCUCCCGCCCCGCUCCGCCAUCAUGAAGUCCUGAACAAAAACGGAUGAGAGUCGAGCAAAAUGGGGAUAACACGAACUGGAGAUGAAAUCCGCCGACUGCAUUAACGUAAUGACAGUGCAAAGCGGAGAAGGGAGCGGAGCCGCAGAUUUUAAUGAAUCAGUUUCCCAGUGAAAACCUCCCGGGCAGCUCCUGGCGUUACGUUAUUUCGUUAGCGGCGUUGCUAACAGCAGCCAGAGCUAGCCCCUGAUUUUCUCUGGAAAGGCUGGCUAGCUUAGCUGGCAGGCGUCAGUCAGCUAGCUGUCACUUUAACUGACUGCCACUUAACGCAUGUCAAGCCGUGCAGACGUGCUAGCUGUCCAAUUGACUGGGAGCUUCAGGAUGGCGAGGAGUUUAAGUAAAAGCAUCGACAGGCAGAAUGUGGUUUGUUCGUGUUGAAUAGACACGAGUGCCGAGGAAAGGGGAGUGAGACCAAUAUUUUCCAGCCAGGCCAGUGAGCUAGCUCUUGAGCUAGCUACAGUGGAUCCCAAAAGCCACGGCGCUGGCCAUGCCAUCGAGUGUGCGGGCCGGGAGCCUGAAGGACCCGGAGGUGGCUGAGCUGUUCUCCAGGGAGGAUCCCGAGAAGCUCUUCACGGACCUGAGGGAGAUAGGUCAUGGAAGCUUCGGAGCAGUCUACUUCGCCCACGACAUCCGCACAAAUGAGGUGGUGGCCAUCAAGAAGAUGUCCUACAGUGGCAAACAGUCCAAUGAGAAAUGGCAGGAUAUCAUCAAGGAAGUGAAGUUCCUCCAGAAACUGCGCCACCCCAACACCGUUGAGUACCGUGGCUGCUACCUGAGAGAGCACACAGCCUGGUUGGUGAUGGAGUACUGCUUGGGUUCAGCUUCUGACCUCUUAGAAGUUCACAAGAAACCCCUGCAGGAAGUGGAAAUAGCCGCCAUAACCCACGGUGCACUGCAGGGACUGGUGUAUCUUCACUCUCACAACAUGAUUCACAGGGAUGUGAAGGCAGGAAACAUCUUGCUAACAGAGCCAGGUCAGGUCAAACUGGGAGAUUUUGGCUCGGCCUCCAUAGUCGCUCCAGCCAACUCCUUCGUGGGAACACCUUACUGGAUGGCCCCCGAGGUGAUCCUCGCCAUGGACGAGGGUCAGUACGACGGGAAGGUGGAUGUGUGGUCACUUGGCAUUACCUGCAUAGAGCUGGCGGAAAGGAAGCCUCCUCUGUUCAACAUGAAUGCUAUGAGUGCCUUAUACCACAUCGCCCAGAAUGAGAGCCCUGUGUUGCAGUCUAAUCACUGGUCGGAUUAUUUCCGCAAUUUUGUGGACUCCUGUUUGCAGAAGAUCGCCCAGGACAGACCUACCUCUGAUGUGCUGCUCAAGCACCAUUUCCUAUGCAGAGAGCGUCCAAUGACAGUUGUGAUGGACCUGAUCGCACGCACCAAGGAUGCUGUCCGUGAGCUGGACAACCUUCAGUACCGGAAGAUGAAGAAAAUCCUCUUUCAUGAGGCACACAAUGGUCCUGCACCAGAAGGAGGUGAUGAGGAAGAGGAUGUAGAGCAGUAUAUGCUGCGCACUGGCACAGUCAACAGCAUGGAGAGCUCCCACUCUCUGCCAUCCAUGUCGAUCAGCGCCAGCUCCCAGAGCAGCUCGGUCAACAGCCUGGCAGACGGCUCCGAUGACAGCGGAGAGAUGGCCAUGAUGCAGGAGGGAGAGCACACCGUCACCUCCAACAGCUCCGUCCUGCACAAGCCCCUGAGCCAUGACAAUAUCUACGAUGACCCCUAUCAGCCAGAGGUUGACUCACAACGUGAACCUUCGUCGUCUGGUGGCGGUGGAGGAGGAGGUGGUCGGCGUAGACGAGGCCGAGACCAUUUUGCAACCAUCAGGACGGCCUCGCUGGUCACCCGUCAGAUCCAGGAACAUGAGCAGGGCUCGGCCCUCAGAGAGCAGAUGUCCGGGUACAAGCGAAUGCGGCGGCAGCACCAGAAGCAGCUAAUGGGUCUGGAGAAUAAGCUGAAGGCAGAGAUGGAUGAGCAUCAACUGAGACUGGACAAGGAGCUGGAGAAUCAGAGGAACAGCUUCUCAAUGGAAGGAGAGAAAUUCAACAAGAAGCACCAGGCCAUUCUGGAGAAGGAGACAAAGGCAGUCCUGACUGAGGAGAAGAAGUUCCAGCAGCACAUACUGGCCCAGCAAAAGAAGGAGUUGACCAGCCUGCUGGAGUCUCAGAAACGGCAGUAUCGACAACGCAAGGAGCAGCUCAAAGAGGAACUCAAUGAGAACCAGUCGACACCAAAGCGGGAGAAACAGGAGUGGCUGGUGCACCAGAAGGAGUGUCUGCAGCAGCUGCAGGCGGAGGAAGAGGCCGGCCUGCUGCGGAGGCAGAGGCAGUAUUAUGAGCUCCAGUGUCGCCAGUACAAGAGGAAGAUGCUGCUAGCACGCCACAACCUGGAGCAGGAUCUGCUCAGAGAGGAACUGAACAAAAAGCAGACUCUGAAGGACCUGGAGUGUGCCAUGCUGCUGCGUCACCACGAGUCCACCCAGGAGCUGGAGUUCCGCCAGCUGGGUUUGGUGCAGCGUACGCGGGCCGAACUGAUCCGCACGCAGCACCAGACGGAGCUCACCAACCAGAUGGAGUAUAACAAGAGGCGUGAGCAAGAGCUGCGUCAGAAACACGCCAUGGAGGUCCGCCAGCAGCCCAAGAGCCUCAAAGUGAGUGAGAGCACCCAGAGCCAGGGGUCUCCUGAGGAGGGAAACAGCCAGUCACCAGAGGGACAGAGCAUCAGCUGGGACAGCGAGGCAGGGGCAGUAGAGGUGGAGGACGAGGGGGAUGGCGAGUUAGAAAAGGAGAACAAAGUGGUAGCACAGGAGAUGUGUGAGGCUGGGGAUGAGCUCGAUGGAGCAGUAGUAGAUGAAGUUUUUAGAGGAGGAGAGGAGGGGGAGGGAGAUUCUCUGGUGGAAAUGAAGGAUGAGGUAGAUGAGGAGGACAGUAAACUGAAGGCAAAUGACAGCAGAGAAGAUGAAGAUGAAUGGAAAAUUGGUGAGGAGGGGACAGAGGUGAGGGAAGUAGAAGGAGUGCAGUGGGAAUACGAGGAGGAUCAAAGUAAAACAGCACAUGUAGACACCGAUGAGGAAGAAGAAGAGGGCAGAGGUGUGGCUGACGGUUGUCCAUCAGAGCUCAUCUCAUCGUUGUCCCCAGAAAAGAGACGUCUCCGUCAGCGAGACAUCGAUGAGCUGUCAGAGUUCUACUUCCCUGACGCCUCAGAAGAGCUGGAGCCGAUACCCAUCUCACCCCCUCCCCCGCCUCCCCCCACCCAGACUUCCUUCCCUUCACUCUUCUCUCAUGGCAUCUGCCUUCUCCUCUCCCUCUCUGCUGCUGCUCAGCCCUCCAACUUCACUCUGCUGCUGCUCUCCAUCUUCCUCCUCUCCCUCCGUCGCUCUCCUCCCCUGCCCUCGGUGGCCUCUGUCCUGCUCUCCGCUGAGCUUGCCUUCCUGGCGCUCUUCUUCUCGUACCUCUUCCUUCGUUCCUGCUGCUCUCUGUCGCUCUCCACUUACCUGUCACUCAGCCUCUGGGCCAGCGGCCUCUUUAGUUUAGGACUCUCCCUCAGUUUGGGCAUUUAUUACAUCCCCAUGAUUUUGAUCUCCGCCUCCUUCCUCAGCUCUCCGUCCCUCUUCCUUUCCCUCUACUUGGUUGUGGUGCUGAUUGUCAGGCCGGCCCAUGACUUCCUCCAGCAGGCACCCCGCAAAGUCAACCGCCUCUGCAUGCGCGUCCUUUUCCGCCUCCCUCGACCCCUGUUUGCCAUGUGCCAGUCAGUGCUGGGCGGUAUGGCUGAGCGCAACCUUUACGAGAUGUUUCCCAAAGCAGGCCGCAACUGGGGUGUGCGUCAGUCCAAGAUCCCGGUUCCCCUGAAGAGCUUGCCGUUAGAGUAUCAGGCUCAGUGCCGUAACACCUCUCUGCUGGCCAAGGGCCUGCUCUGGGGUAGGCGUUUCAGUCGUCGCCCCCUCGGCGUCCUGGCAGACCUUGCUAACACCGUAGUGCUAAAACUAGCAAGGCUGUUGCUGAAAAAGCUGCCGCUCAGUGUUCGGGUCAAACUCCAAACUCUGGGCCUCUUAAAGAAGGAAAUCCCAAGCAGGUUGCCGCUGUUGUUGCCCCGGGAGGUCAGAGAGAGGAGACAGAGGGAGAGGAGGAGGAGAGAGAGGGAGAGACAGAGGAGGGAGGAGAGGGAGAGGAUGUUUCGUGAGGAGGGGAGGUGGGAGUGUGGAUUGAGGCGAACUUCAUCUGGAAGGUUUGUCAGGGGGAAAAUUCGACCGUGGAGAUAGCAGGAGAUUAAAAAAAAAAAACAAAGAAAAAAAAUGUGUGAAACAAACAUGCUGGUGAUACGUGUGUGUGACUGUUGUCCAACCAUUGUUUGUGUGUCUUUUUUGGUUUGGGGCCCACAUGUCUCUCUUCUUACAUAAUUCCCAAACUGGUUUUUGGUCACAUUUCUUUAAAAAUGAGCCAUAUUUAAUCUGCACACACACAACGCUGUACAUGUGUGUGUGUGCUGGCUGAAGGUGAUUUUGGCUGCAGAAGCUUUUCAAACCUGUGUACUCGUGUCCACACGAAGUCAUACUGUUAAAUCAGCGGGAUCUGCACACUUGAACAAGCAGUUGAACCCCACAGUUGCUGUACCAAACCCAGUGAAGUUCAAACAUUUCAUUAUUGUGCUUUUUGUAAAAGUUCCAUAGUUUCUUUAAUUUUAUUAUUUUGCUCUUAAUUUGUAAGACAAAUAUUUUUAUGGUUAUUUUUAAGACCGUUUUUGUGCAAUCUUUUGUUUUUCUUUAUAGUGGUCUUAUUUCAUAGGGUGCACUGUUUUCUCAGUGCGUUAGAAUAAAUAUGACAGUGUUGCAUAGCUCCACGGCUUUAAUUUCACUCCCCAAAGCUGAAUACUGUGAAAAAGAAAAAAGAUACUCAGUAAUUUCACUAACAUCACCCUGAACACUAGCGCUCAGCCAGUAGAAAAGUGCAAUAAGGAGCUGAGUAGAAAUAUCUUGGACCACUGUAAGACAUUGUUGGAAAAUAGUUAGUAGCUGGUCUUUUUUGGACCUAGAAUAAUACCAUGUGGGGCCGUUUAGCUGGAGCAUAAAGCCUUUCCAUAUAAACAUAUAAACUAGAAUAAGCAUGCGUGCCAUAAAUGUUGGCUUCAGUUAGAUAUAAUUAUAUAUAUACAGCUGGUGAAAUCAUCAUCUUCCAUAUACUAGUUAGAUGUGCUAUUUUAUUGCACUUUAUGCAAUAAUCUUGUUACGAUUUACCAUGUAAACAUCUUUACCCCUAAGAAUCAGCAUAGUGCCUAGUUUCAACUGUUUGCACAAAUGUUAAGUUGUGAAGUGACAUACCUGAAAUUUAUAGUGGAAACAUAGGAUGCCAGGAUCUAGUCUGGAGUAGUGAAAGUAUGAUAUAAUAAAAACCUAUUUAAUAUUUCAAUGUAUCGUAAUUUAUAUGAAGCCAUAUCGACAAUCUUUUGAGACAAGCAAUCCUAAACAAAGAUUGAUGAAAACUACUGAAUGUGGAAGUCAAGACUGAGCAGCUCAUUAUCAAAUGAAGAGAAGACCGACAUCCAAUAAUAUCAAACGCUGAUUUGAUUUUGCACUGUCCCAAAAGCCAUUUUCUAAAAAACACCAAAAUUGUGAGAAAGGGUCACUUCAGUUUAGGUUAGAAUGGUUAUAUUACUGAUAAAUGUGCUUUUUAAAAAACAUGUUGUUUAAACUUUUAGCCUGUGAAACAUUAAAAAAAGUGAAAAAUGUCCAUCACAACUCCCCCUCAGCUAAGCUUAUUUAAGUUUAGUUUGACCAAAAGGCCAUAAACCAAAGAUAUUCAAGAAAACUAGCAGAUUUUGUGUUGUGAAAUUAAGAAACCAGAGAAAUUUUGGCAUUUUUUCUCUGUUUUUGCUUGAAAAAUGGACAGAAAUGAUUAAUUGAUCAUGAAAAAUUCUUCAACUGAUCAGUUAAUUGUUUCAGCUCUGUAUCAGUCAGACCAAAAAGAGACAUCACAGUUAAAGGUGGAGCAUGUGAUUAAAAUCCAAUACAGCUUUUCAGCCAAAUCCUGUGAAUAUUUCAUCACGGUUCGCUCGCUGUCUGUUGUGUAUGCGCUGAUCUUUGUACACAACCCUCAGUCUGUGACUGGGAAACAAAGAGGCUCAAAUCGAUCCUGUUUUGUGCACAUUCAGGAGGCAGUUGGAGUGAGAAGGAUGCAAAAUCUGACACAUGCAAUCUAUCAAAAUAUGCUAGCUGGCUAAAUACGAACAGUCUCUCCAGAAUCGCAAACUCUACCUUUAACUGUGCCGUUUCUGUCUCUCCUGAACACCAAAAUGAUCCGAUAAGUUCAUGUAAAUGAAGUCAAACAAGCCAAAUUAAGAUGAAAUAUUGGUGAGCAUAAAUGUGAAAUCUAGCAGAGUAAAAGAAAAGCAUUAAUAAAGUGCUUUGCGUGUCACAGACAUUGGAUCCACUCACAUGGAGAAAUAUUAGUGAGCAGAAAAGCUCAGUCUAAACUGUAAUAUGUCCCAGGGAGAAGCAAAAAGUAGGGCACUGUUGUUGCUUUUUGUUGUCUUUUUUUUUUUUUUUUUUUUUUUUAGAUGACCUGCAUUUGGGAAGUCUGGCUUUAAAAGAGACAAACAUUGUUUUAUUUGAAUGUAACUUAUUUUGCCAUUGAUUUACAUUUGUGUUGAGUUAUUUCCUGGUCCUCUGUGUAUGUUUACAUGUUUGCAUUCUGUUUUGUUGUGACGCUGUCUGAGUGUUUCCACAGAGUUAUACCACCUUGAGUUUUUUUUUUUUUUUUUUUAAAUAUUUAAUUUAUGCAGUAUUUAUAAGACUAGUACUGCAUUCUGUUCGGCAGACAUUUUGUCGUCCUUUUAUUCUCAUUUUAGCUGCAUGAGUGUUGGCAUACUGUACGGCUGUGUGCUCGCAAGCAUAGAAGAACAUUUUGUCACUUCCAGAUUUUUUUUUCUUUACACAAAAAAUAAAUUCUUUUGUGUUGAAAUCA